AUGUCUCCAGCCCCUUCAGCAACAACGCCGGGUCCUCAUUCCGUUCUGCCCCCCAAUGGUCUACGUAUCCGCAAGAUUCGUUUCGGCGAAUUCGACAUAGACACCUGGUACGACGCGCCGUUUCCCGAGGAGUAUGCUGCUAUCCCCGAUGGUCGGCUCUGGAUGUGCGAGUUCUGUCUGAAGUACAUGAAGAGCCGGUUUAGUGCUUCUCGGCACCAGCUGAAGUGCAAAGUGCGGCAUCCACCAGGCGACGAGAUCUACCGAGACGGAAAGAUAUCCAUCUUCGAAGUCGAUGGUCGGAAGAACAAGAUCUAUUGCCAGCACCUCUGCCUUCUCUCGAAGAUGUUCUUGGACCACAAGUCACUGUUCUAUGACGUAGAGCCUUUUCUAUUUUACGUGAUGACGGAAACGGACGAAGACGGGGCGCAUUUCGUUGGGUACUUCUCCAAAGAGAAGCUCAGCCCGAAGAACUACAAUGUCAGCUGUAUCAUGACGCUGCCUGUCCGACAGCGUCAGGGUUGGGGUAAUUUACUUAUUGACUUCAGUUAUCUCUUGUCCAAGAAAGAGCAGAGGGCUGGUUCCCCUGAGAAGCCGCUCUCUGCGCUUGGGGCUCUAGGUUAUAGGAAUUAUUGGACACUCUCCUUAAUGCGGUAUCUACAAAACGCUCCGGCUAAUCCUCGUUUAGAAGGUGCGUCUGUUUCAUGUCGUUGUUGUCAAAUAUGUAAUCAGUUCUUGCUACAGACAUCAGCGCCGCUACCUCCAUGA